CGUAUCGCUACUCACACUUAACAGUUUCAUUCCUAGACCUAUUUGUCUCAAAAUCAUACAGAUCUUUAGGCUUUUUGUUUGUGCUUUUACAGAGAGAUCUGAGAGAUGGUGGUGGCUUUAGGUCCUGGAAAGUUCUACGGAAGCGGCCUCCCAAGACCACGAAUCUACACAGACAUCAAGUACAACUCUUACAGAGUCGAUCCACCUGUUUCUGUUACAGACCCUUUAAUGUCGUGGGCAGAAGAAGCUCACUGGUCAAUGGGUGGCUUGAACGUUAACCGCCAUCGUCUUCAAGGUCGUAUCGAAGGCAACGUCGAGAAGCUUCGGAGCCAGAUCGAGGAGUCAAUCAAGAAGAAAGAAUCCCUAAGCCCGCCGUCGUCAAAGAAAAAACCCAUUUCCAAAUCGCCGGAAAAAUCCGCUAAAAAGAAGAAAGUGGCUGAGCUGGAUCGGAGUCGAAGUCCGUCGCCGCCGCCAGCUCCGUUAGCUAACAAGCGGAAGAGGCGAUUUCUGGGUUUGGUAGAUGAGGACGCUGAAGGUGAAGAGAACAUUUCGGCUAGAAAGUUUCCGGUGAGGAAGCUUUCUGAUGAGUUCGAUCUUGUUGCGAAUACAAAGAAAAGUCCGGCGAGAAGCUCCAGAGGUGUUGAGUCUGAGACGGCGACAAUCGCUUUAAGGACUCGGGGUCAGAAGACGGUGACUGAGGAGCCGAUGAAGGGUAAGAAGCGAUUGAGAAAGAUUGGUGAAGAUAAAAAUGUUGAUGCAUCUUCUUCUUCCAGGAUUUCAUCGAGAUUAGUUAAGCGUGUGUAAACUCCAUUGUAAUAAACAAAGUUGGAAUUCGAGGAAAAAUGUCAACACAAUUGAAAUCAAUUUCCAUCGAAUGGGCAAUAGAGAAAUUUAGAAGUAGGAAA